AUGGGGCUGGAGCGGUCCUUGCCUCUGCUGGCACUCCUGCUGUGUGUGGUUGGCACCGCAGCUCAGCAGGGUAAGUCACAGGAGGGUAAGUAAUUCCUGGUGGAGAUUUCCGGAACCACGGUGACAAUCACAUGUCCCUUGACCGAAGACAACAUAGUCUGGGACUCAAGCAGGACAAAACCAGACACCAAAGAGAGGAAGUACGUUAUAGAGAAUCACGACAGCUCUCCUGCCAACGUGAGUUGUUCGUCAGGUGAUAGGAAGUACGAAAUGUACCUGAAUGCCAGAGUGUGCGAGAACUGUGAGGAGCUGGAUGCCUUGACAGUGACAGGGAUUAUCACGGCGGAUCUUCUUAUCACCUUCGGGGUGCUGAUUCUGGUCUAUUACUUCAGCAAAGACAGGAAGGGGAGAGCGAGCGCUGGUGCUGGCAGUCGGCCACGAGGUCAGAAGAUGCAGCGUCCUCCACCUGUUCCAAACCCGGACUACGAGCCCAUCCGGAAAGGCCAGCGGGAAGUGUAUGCAGGCCUGGAAUCCAGGGGCUUCUGA